UGUCUCUCUUCCUCACGCCUCAAACCCAAAUCAAACGUUCAAAUCCAUCUCUUUCUGUCAUUAUUCUUUCUUGCAAUCAACCUAUACCUACUGUGCAUGAACGAAUCUUAGAGAGAGAAAGAGAGGAGCGAGGGACGAAAGGUAUUUUCCAUUUCUGUUUCGUAAUUCUGUAAAUUUUGGGCUAGGAUCUAGGGCUGUAUUCAGUUCCCCAAUCAGCACAUGCUUCUCUUCCUUGUGACUUUGCCUCAAUAAUAUAACUUCUAAAGACAUUAUAUUUGAGGAAGAGGACAAGGAUGCGUCGGUGGCUUUGUUGUUCUCGUCAUGUGGAAGAUUCUUACCCGCCACAUGAAAGUGAGCAUCUGAAAAGCCCUUAUGGAGAUGAUGACCAAAGAGACUCAAGAAUGUCAGCCCCUGUCAAACGUGAAGCACCAAAGUCUGCACCACCACCUAUUGAAGUACCACCACUAUCUUUAGAAGAGCUAAAGGAAAAGACUGACAACUUUGGGUCAAAGGCUUUGAUUGGUGAAGGAUCUUAUGGAAGAGUGUAUUAUGCAACCUUAAAUAAUGGAAAAGCUGUUGCUGUGAAAAAGCUAGAUGUUUCGUCUGAAGAUGAAUCAAAUGUUGAGUUUUUGAGCCAGGUUUCCAUGGUCUCAAGAUUGAAGCAUGAGAAUUUUGUUGAGUUGCUUGGUUACUGUGUUGAGGGAAAUAUGCGUGUACUGGCAUAUGAGUUUGCAACUAUGGGCUCACUUCAUGACAUAUUGCACGGUAGAAAGGGAGUUCAGGGGGCACAACCGGGGCCAACUCUUGACUGGAUGCAGCGGGUUAGAAUUGCAGUGGAUGCAGCCAAAGGAUUGGAAUAUUUGCAUGAGAAAGUUCAACCAUCAAUUAUACAUAGAGAUAUAAGAUCGAGCAACGUGCUUAUUUUUGAAGAUUACAAGGCAAAGGUAGCUGAUUUUAACCUUUCCAAUCAGGCACCUGACAUGGCUGCACGUCUUCAUUCUACUCGAGUUUUGGGAACCUUUGGUUAUCAUGCCCCAGAGUACGCAAUGACUGGCCAAUUGACACAAAAAAGUGAUGUCUACAGUUUUGGUGUUGUUCUUCUUGAGCUUCUCACAGGAAGAAAACCUGUUGAUCAUACCAUGCCUCGUGGACAGCAGAGUCUUGUUACAUGGGCUACACCAAGACUGAGUGAAGAUAAAGUUAAACAAUGUGUGGACCCAAAAUUGAAGGGAGAAUACCCCCCCAAAGGGGUCGCUAAGCUCGCGGCGGUUGCAGCACUGUGUGUGCAGUACGAAUCUGAGUUUAGGCCGAACAUGAGCAUCGUUGUUAAAGCCCUUCAACCACUUCUGAAAACUCCUCCUGCCCCAGAAUCUUGAAGCAAAGAAGCUUUAGCAAAUGCAAUCUCUCCUCUUGGGGUUCUGCUUUUGUGCACAGUUUGAUUUCUACAACUUCGUGAUUACUCCAGAUACUGCAAAUAUAUAUCUAUAUCUAUUUAUAUAUAUAUAUAUAUAUAAUAUUUUUUUUAUCCCAUGAGUUUGAAUUUGUAGGGUUGGGUUGGCCUGUUUUACAUCUCUGCUAGAUUUCCAUGUAUUUCUCCUGGUCAUGAAACUUGAGAGCUGACGUUUAUAGAUACAAAAUGCUGAGAACAGGUUUGGGUUUUGUGGUAGAAUUGCCUCUAAAUCUUGAUGUACUUCUCAUUCAAGGAUGAUCCACCCCUUGUUCUUCUUUAUCAUUUCAAUUAUUACCAUGUUAUAAUUUUUUUAGCCCUCAUGAAUUCUGUAGUUUUUACUAGAACUAGUGGGGGGCCCCUAACUAUGCAAUAAUCAGAAUUUGAUUCA